AGCUUUUUGAUUAUUUCAUCAUUUUUAAUUUAAGACACGUUGCGUGCUAAUAUAUUUCUGUUUAAGUUUACAAAUAUGCUUGUUGCAUGUUAAUACAUUAUACAGCUAAUAAACUUACUAGUAUAUAAUAGCAUCAAGCUUAGUUGUCUUAUUUAUAUUUUUAACUAUGAAUAUUUUUAUAGUCUGAAAAUCGAAAAGGUACUGUGAAAGUUGAAUAUUUAAGAAAUAUAGAAAAAGAAGUUCAAAAUCAAUGGUACAGUAAAAAAAUACAUGAUGUUGAUGCCCCAACUUUAAAAAGUAAAGAUGUCAAAGAAAAAUAUUUUGUCACUUUUCCUUUUCCAUACAUGAAUGGAAGAUUACAUUUAGGACAUACCUUUUCAAUUUCUAAGUGUGAAUUUGCAGCUAGAUUUCAACGAUUAAAAGGCAAAGAAGUAUUGUUUCCAUUUGGUUUUCAUUGUACUGGAAUGCCAAUUAAAGCAUGUGCUGACAAACUAAAAUAUGAAAUUCAAACUUUUGGAUAUCCACCUAAUUUUCCAAAUUCGGACGAUGAAGAUAUUGCUGAAGAAGUGAAUACUGAAAUAAUAAAAGACAAAAGUAAAGGCAAAAAAAGCAAAGCUGUUUCUAAAGGAGGCAAAGCUAAAUAUCAAUGGCAAAUAAUGAAAAGUUUAGGUUUUGAAAAUGAUGACCUUAUUCGUAGCUUUGAGAAUCCAUUGACAUGGUUAAAUUAUUUUCCUCCAUUAGCUGUCCAAGAUCUUAAAAGUAUUGGGUUGCAUGUGGAUUGGCGCAGAACUUUUAUAACUACCGAUGAAAAUCCAUUUUUUGAUAGUUUUGUUCGUUGGCAAUUCUUACGUUUACGAGAAAAAAAUAAAAUAAAAUAUGGUAAAAGAUAUACUGUAUUUUCACCCAAAGAUAAUCAACCAUGCAUGGACCAUGAUAGAUCAAAGGGUGAAGGCGUAGGGCCUCAAGAGUAUACAUUAAUUAAAAUGAAAGCCCUUCAACCUUAUCCUCAAAAAUUACAGUCAUUUAAAAAUAAAUGUGUGUUCUUGGUUGCUGCUACAUUAAGACCAGAAACAAUGUAUGGUCAAACUAAUUGUUGGAUUCAUCCAGAAUUAGAUUACAUAGCAUUUGAAUUAAAAGACGGGAGUAUCUUUAUAUGCAGUGAAAGGGCUGCUAGAAAUAUGUCUUAUCAAGGAUUUACUGAACAGAAUGGAGUUUAUAAAAUUCUUGCUAAGCUUAAAGGACAAGACAUCAUGGGAAUCAAAUUGAAUGCACCAUUAGGUUUAAAUCAGGUUAUUUAUACCUUACCAAUGCUAUCAAUUAAACCUGAUAAAGGGACUGGGGUUGUUACUAGUGUUCCUUCAGAUUCACCAGAUGAUUAUGCUGCUUUACAAGAUUUGAAAAAAAAAACAGCGUUCCGUCAAAAGUACUUAAUAAGUGAUGAAAUGAUACUUCCAUUUGAUCCAAUUCCUAUUAUUGAUGUUCCCGAUUUUGGUAAUUUAAGUGCAGUUACUGUUUAUGAGCAACUUAAAAUACAAAGUCAAAAUGAUAAAGAAAAAUUACAAUUGGCUAAAGAAAAAGUAUAUUUAAAAGGAUUUUAUGAUGGGGUACUUAUUGUUGGAGAGUAUAAAGGUCAAAAAGUUCAAGAUGUUAAAAAGAAUUUACAAAAGAAACUUAUUGAAUUAAAACAAGCAGUUAUUUAUUACGAGCCAGAAAAAAUGAUUGUAUCUAGAUCUGGUGAUGAAUGUGUCAUUGCAUUGUGUGAUCAGUGGUAUUUGGAUUAUGGUGAACCUGAAUGGAAAGCAGCUGCAGAGUUAGCUUUGAAAAAUCUGAAUACUUAUCAUGAUGAAGUGAGAAAAAAUUUCUCAGCCUGCUUGAAUUGGCUACAUGAAUAUGCAUGUUCUAGAACAUAUGGCUUAGGUACAAAAUUACCAUGGGAUGAAUAUUGGCUUAUAGAAUCUUUGUCAGAUUCUACUAUAUAUAUGGCAUAUUAUACUGUUGCUCAUUUUUUACAAGAAGGAACAUUUAAAGGAGAAAAAGGAAAUUGUUUGAAUAUUAAACCGGAACACAUGACACCAGAAGUUUGGGAUUAUAUUUUCUUAGAUAAUAUGACAUAUCCUAAACAGUGUAAAAUAAAAAAAGAUUAUUUGGACUUAAUGAAACGUGAAUUUGAAUACUGGUAUCCAGUUGAUAUUCGAUGUUCUGGCAAAGAUUUAAUUCAAAAUCAUCUGACAUUUUUUAUAUAUGUUCAUUGUGCAAUAUGGGAAAAGAGACCUGAUCUAUGGCCUAAAAGUAUAAGAGCAAAUGGUCAUCUAUUAUUAAACUCUGCUAAAAUGUCAAAAUCUGAUGGUAACUUCAUGACUUUAGAAGAAGCCGUAAAUAAAUUUAGUGCAGAUGGAAUGCGAUUUUGUCUUGCUGAUUCUGGAGAUGCUAUUGAAGAUGCUAAUUUUGUUGAAAGUAUGGCUGAUGCUGGCAUUUUAAGACUUUAUACUUUCAUUGAAUGGGUAAAAGAAGUGUUAGAAUCACUUGCAUCCCUUCGCUGUGGAUCGUCAAACUCAUAUCCUGAUACUUUAUUUAAAAAUGAAAUCAAUCUUAAAAUUAAACAAACUGAAGAGUUCUAUGAAAAACUAUUGUUCAAAGAAGCUCUUAGAACAGGGUUUUUUGAAUUACAAGCUGCUCGUGAUCGGUAUCGUGAAUUAUGUGGAAAUCCUGAUCUUGGUGGUGAUUUUAUGCAUAAAGACUUAAUUUUACAUUUUAUAAGAGUGCAAACGAUUUUAGUAGCCCCAAUUUGCCCACAUGUUGCUGAACAUGUCUAUCAACUAUUAGGAAAUAAGGAUAGUGUAGUUAAGGCUAGUUGGCCUCAAACACAAAAUGUAGAUUCAAAUCUUUUAGAAAGUGGAGAAUACUUGAUGGAGGCAGCACAUUCAUUUAGAUUGCAGCAAAAAAAUAUAUUAAAUGUUGGAUCAAAAAAAAAUAUAUCAAUGACUAAAGAAAAACCAGUCAAAGCCAUAGUAUGGGUUGCUAAAACAUUCCCUCCCUGGCAGACAACUAUACUAGAAACAAUGAAAGAACUUUAUUUGAAAAAUAACAAUGAAUUGCCAAAUAACAAAAUUAUAGCAUCAACAUUGGGAACAAAAGAAUUUCUUAAAAAGUAUACAAAACGUGUUAUGCCUUUUGCUCAAAUGGUUAGAGAAAAAGUUGAAAAAAUUGGUCUAAUGGCAUUUAAUAUUAAAUUAGAUAUUGAUGAGAAACAUAUUCUUGAAGUGAAUAAGACUUAUUUAGAAAAUACUUUGGAUCUUGAAUGUAUAGACAUUAAAUACUCUGAUGAUAAGGAAGUCCCAGAAAAUAUUUGUAAUGAAUGUUGUCCUGGUCAGCCUUUUAUAUCAUUUUUGCCUCCUGAUAAAUCAUUACCACUAAUUUUUGUAAACCCGCAGCCUCAAAAACCAUUUUUCCAAAGAAAAAUUCCUGUAUAUAAUGAUGACACAGUUUAUAAAAUAAUUAAAAGAUUAAAAAGAAUUGAUCAAAAAUUAACAUCAUAUAAUAUAAUAUUGUGGCGGUAUUGUGAUCCUGUUAUGGGUCCUAGGUCAAUUCCCAAUUAUUUACAACCUACAGAAAAUCUCAAAAUCAUGAAUUUGGAAACUAAGAUAAAUAUUGAUGUAUUAAAAAAUAACAUUGAAUUUACAGAUGGUAAUAAAAAACAAUCAUUAGGAAACACCAUAGUGUAUAUGAUCCAGUAAUAAUAUUGUUUGUUUAAUUUAUAACUUAAUAAUAAUAAAUAUAUGUAUAUAUUUAAA